AGACUAAAAUCAGCAUCUGGAAGCUCUCCCUCCCCCCCUCCUUUCACAUGCCCACGCUGGACGCUGCCCGGAUGGUAUAUAAAGGCCCGCCGCUUUCUGGCUGGCACACAAGUCUUCCUGCUACCCCUUGUAACACUCACAGGAACUAUGGCUCGUCUUCUGCUCCCGGUUAUGACUGUGGCCCUAGCCAUGGUGGCAGGCGCCAUGGGCCAGCAAGUGGGCUGUCCUUCAGGAUAUUCCGAGGCUCAGAUCCCGACCUUCAGCCUUAUCAAAGCAAGCAAGCCUGAGCUUGAUGGAUUCAUUCAAGACCAAAGUUUUGGGGACUUGGUGUACAAUUGCUUCCUUGGAAGGAAUUGUGACCAAUGCUCCCAGAAUGACGCGGUUAGACAGACCUUAACGCUGCUGCCGUGGCUGUUCCGAGAUUGCACCCAGAACCCUGCCGUCUGCAACAAGGAGCAGAGAUCCAGAGCAGUAUACAUUGCCACAGAAAUCAACAAGAGGUACUCCUCUCAGUACCAGGAAAUCCUCGCCCUCUUCAACUCUUCUUAAUAGGCACUCCACUACACAACUCGUCCCGCCACCCCUCAUGUUUCCCGUUAUAUAACUCCCAUCAGUGUUUGUGGACUGUCUACACACAAGUCAACUACUCCUUGUUGAUGUCUGAUUAUAUUUGAUGUUUAAUUUAAUAAAUCCAUAAUGUGAAGAUUCCAGUUAUUAUAUAUUUCUCAGUGAUACCCACUUUUGUUUUCGUCCUUAGUCUGAUAGAAGUUAUCGUUUACAUUUCCCAUUUCAGUAAUGUUUUGGACAGGGCUGGGUGGGGGUGAUGGGACCAGCGGGGAACAACUCGCUACACACACACACACACACACACACACACACACACACACACAUGCGCGCACACAGGCACCCGCACCUACACUUACACCUGCACCAGCAACCACACCCGCAUCCACGCACACAAGCGCACCCACCGACACGCAGCCCCCUAUUCCCCCUACAGGCACCCACACCCACACCCAAGAAUUGUCUAGCCCACACCAGCACCCACACACAGGACCUGCACCGUGCCGUCAUCAACACGGAUUUUGCCCAUCCCCGACCCAACUUGACACAAUACACAUCGCCAUUUUAUUAUUCGUAAAUUAUAUUUUGUUUGUAAAAUGUAAACCAGCCGAAAAAUUGCCAGUUAGUGAAUAAACCAGCUGCCAUUAUUUGCAGGACAGCGUU